GUAAUAAUUUAUCUCGCUAGUGGAGCUGUUUAAAAUAGAAAAAAUUUUCUUUUGUGUUACGUGGAGUCAUGGUUUUCAAAGCAAAACCCGCGAGUCGUCUGGUACGUCACAUCCUUAUAAGUUUUCUGCUAUUCGGGACCAACCUUUCACUUGCAAUGAGACUUUCAAUAGAAAGAACUUGGGAUGACCAACCUCUCACUCACCGACCUGCCACUAUUGAACUGCGAUCGCUCAAUGACGAGAGCUUCCAAAUGGAUGUCGAAGGAAAGUUUUUCAACGAUCCUCAAAAUCCAGGUGGUGCCGCGGGUGAACCCUUCAUGGGUCUUUGGGACUUCGAAGUCAUAGAAUUGUUCUUGGCGAACGACGCGAAUCAGUACGUCGAAAUUGAAGUUGGACCGUGGGGCCAACAUAUAGUUUUGUUGUUAAAUGGCGUUCACAAAGCGAUCCGUCAUAGUUUACCCUUGGAUUACAAAGUUGUCGAACGUACGGAAACUGGUAGCUGGCAAGGUCGAGCCAUCAUUCCAACCGCUUACCUACCACCGAACGUAACAAAAAUCAACGCUUAUGCUAUACAUGGAAGUGGUGCUAACCGAACGUACGAAGCCCUUUAUCCUGUUCCUCAAGGACGGUUUGAAAAUCCUGAUUUUCACCGUCUAGACUUUUUCCGCCCAGCUAAAAUAUCCGAACUGCUUCAAAAACCUGUCACUUCACUUUCACCUAUUUGGAUCGAGUCCAUAAAUGCAGCUAAGAAUUGAAGAACUUCCAUCAAGCCACCAAACAGCAAAUAAUAUUUUAAAAUCUGAAUAUUAUUGCCAUUUUGGUUUCAAAUCUUUACGAAUUAACAUUACUCAGUCUCAGCGAACCAACAAGUGUCACACGCCACCUUAAUGACUGCCGUAAUUACAUGAGAAAUUUUUGUAUUGUUAAUCAAUGAAGAAAAAGCCUAUCAAUCAAUAUUUGUUCAGUAGUAACCAAGUAGUGACAAAUUUUGGAAUGUUACUAACCAAAUAGAAAUAAACAAGUAGUAGAGCAUUACUAAAAUAAUGUGGGUCAAAUUUCACUUUAUUUUUCAGUAAGCUGAUUAAUUCCCCAUUACCCCAAUAACUUAAGUGCUGGCAUUUCCAAUAAUUCAAAAUAAAAAAGAAA